AUUUGUUUCAUUCAUUCAUUCAUUCAUUCAUUGAUUAAGUCAUUGAUUAUAUGAUAUAAAAUUAAUUAUUAAAUUGAAAACAAAUUAAUAAUUUUUUUAAAAAACAAAACAAAAUCAAGAAAACAGUUGUCAAUCAAUCAAUUACUGAGUUUCGGGUCUGUUAUUGUUAUCACUUGUCCGUCAAAUGACAACAACAAUGAGAUAUCUGUUGUCAUCGACGACAGCGGUGGUAGUGGUGUUGUCACUGUUGAUGGUGUUGUUGUGCACACCGACAGCUGAGGCCACUAAUAAAGGAUCGGUAAUUACAUUGACUGAGGACAGCUGGUCGGACAUGUUAUCGGGUGAAUGGAUGGUCGAGUUUUUUGCUCCGUGGUGUCCGGCCUGUCGGGCCCUACAAAAGGACUGGAAUUCGUUCGCCACGUGGAGUCAUGACCUCAGUAUCAAAGUGGGCGCCGUCGACGUGACUGCCAAUCCAGGACUUAGCGGCCGAUUUUUGGUCACUCAGUUGCCUACUAUCUAUCACGUCAAAGAUGGUGUCUUCAGACAGUAUAAGGGAACCCGUGAUACCAAUGCAUUUGUUAGUUAUAUUGAGGAGAAGUCGUGGCAAAAGGCAGAUCCAGUGUCACUUUGGACGGCACCCGACUCUAUACUUAUGUCAGUCGUGUCCUACUUCUUCAAGAUAUCGAUGGCUCUGAGAGCUGUUCACAAUCGACUUGUCGAAGACUAUGGUAUUCCCUAUUGGGGUAGUUAUAUAAUCUUUGCAUUGGUUACCAUUUUGUGCGGAGCCAUCUUAGGAUUGUUAAUAGUCUGUGUUAUUGAUUUGCUAUUCCCUACCAAAAUGGUCGACGAAUCGAAAGAGCGCCUCCAAAGUAGUAGUGAUAAAAAAGAUGUUAAAGAAGAUGACACGACUGACCUGAUCGAUGAUCGCAAUCAAGAAGGAGAAGAAGAAGAGAUUGACGGCGUCGACAACGACUCGGAUGAUACUAAAGGCGAACUCAGACGGCGGCACAAGAGGUCUCAGGAGAGCGACAAUUGAGACGACAAGUUGGUGUCGGAAGUUGAUGUUAUUAUUGCAAUUCAAGUGAAAUUAAAACCCAGUUUUCCAAACAAACAAAAACAAAAAACAUUUUAAAUAAUUUUUUUAAUUUAUAGCAAUUUGUUGCUCACAUACUAUAUUUGUUUUGUAAACUACGG